UAGCCAGAGUAUCAAAUGAUUCCCCCAAGCCCUUUUUCUUCUCUGUAUUUUCCUCCGACCUUCCACCUAUCCCCUUCCCUCUCUCUCUCUGUGUCUCUCAAAACCCUUUGUGAUGGAGGAGACGCAGAUAUUCAUAUAAUCCUCUCUCUCACUCCCUCCAUCAAAUCCCUCAUCUCUCUAUCUCUCUCACUCUCCUGCAAAAACCCUCAUUUUCAACCUCUCUCUCUGUGUUUCUUUCUCUAUAUAUUUAUGGGCAGCAGCAACGAAGCAACAUCAGUAGCAGAAGGAUCGUUGGCGCCGGGUUUCCGGUUCCACCCAACGGACGAUGAGCUGGUGAGCUACUACCUCAAGCGCAAGGUUUGCGGUAAACCAUUACGAGUCGAUCCCAUCUCCGAGAUCGACAUCUAUCGAUCCGAGCCGUGGGAUCUCCCUUCCCUCUCCCGCCUCAAGACCCGCGACCUCGAGUGGUACUUCUUUAGCCCCCUCGAUAAGAAGUACGGCAACAGCUCCCGCACCAACCGCGCCACGCUCCAUGGCUACUGGAAGACUACUGGCAAGGACCGCCGCGUCUGGCACAACUCCCGCACUGUCGGCAUGAAGAAGACCCUUGUCUACCAUAAUGGCCGGGCCCCACGUGGCGAGAGGACCAACUGGGUCAUGCAUGAGUACCGGCUUGAAGAUGAUGAAUUGGGACGAGCCGGUGUUGCUCAGGAUGCCUUUGUGUUGUGCAGGAUACAUCAGAAGAGCGGUUCGGGUCCUAAGAAUGGUGAGCAAUAUGGGGCUCCAUUCAUUGAGGAAGAUUGGGAUCAUGAUGAAUUGGUUUUGAAGAAAGAGCCUUGUGCUGAUGAGGAUCCCAUGUUUGUUGUUGAUGAACAAGGAUAUGUUCAACCGGAUGAUCACGAGCAGCAUCCAGACAUGGCCAUGAGAAAUGAUAAUGUUCUCCCUGCGGUGGAAUUUGAUGGGAAUGAUAGUUUCAACAAUUUAGGGGAAGCACAUGGGCAGCUCGAAGGGAUGCAUGACCAGAAGUUCCGUGAUUUCACAGACGAGAACACCUACUUACCCGAACUACAUCAUGGCCAAGAGUUCUUACAUGGCCCGGGUGAAACUUCCAACUUGCCAGAACUUCAUGAUGACCUGGUGUUAUUUGGAAGCAUGGGUGAAACUACCAACUUACCGGAACUGUAUCAGAUGUACUCGCCAGUUAAAGAUGAGUACGUGGAGCUGAAUGAUAUUGUUAACCCAAUGGAAGGUGGUUGCACUGCUGGUGAAGUGGUCGAUGAGGGCCUGAUGUAUUUCGAUGCUCCUGAUCAUGAUCAACCACCGACUGAAGAUGGUUCCUUCCUUGAACUCGAUGAUCUUUUAAACCCUGGUGAGGUUGAUCAUGCAUCAGGGUUUGAAAGGCUGGAUGAUUUGCUUUUGUACUUUGAUGCAACGGAUGAAAACCUGCACUCUGUGGAUUUGGAUUCUUUGAAGCUGCCAGAGUCUGCAGAUUUUGUUUUGGACCAUUCGAUUCUUGCCCCAGAGGUGGGUGGUGGGACUGCAGUAAGGUCUCUGGAAUGGCCAGAGGCCUCAAAAGCAAUCAUUGUGGAAGGUGCUUCCUCCUCAAACCAAAAACAAGAGGCCCAUGGAGUAAAGGACAACAGUAUUAGUGAUGUCCGAAGUGAUGAGGGUUGGGAUAAGUCCCUUACUAAACGGUUCACUAGCAUGCUGGGGUCCAUACCUUCACCUCCAGCAUUUGCUGCAGAAUAUCCCAUUGAAGGGAGUAUCAAAUCAGUUGGACAAAACUCAGCAACCCACUCUGGUUCAAUCCAUGUCAGUGCUGGGAUGUUCUAUAUUAGUGGUGGGUUGACAGUCACAGGCAGCGAAAAACACUGGUCACUGCAAAAGGGUGGUAAUGUUGGGUUCCUCCUUUCCUAUGGCAUGGCAGGAGUUGAUGUGACCACCACGGAACCAAUCUCAGAAAUAACAGGUAAGGGGAUGUCUGCCAUUUGGCGGGCCGGGUUAUAUCUUUGCUUCAUCUGGGUCCCGAUUCUUGCAGUAAGCUUCAAAAUCGGGAGCUAUAUCUAUACCAGAUAAGUAAAUUUAAAUUUAUACGUUUAGUGUGCAGUACUUAGAACUGAACAUUUGGACAACACUUGGUUUGUUGUUUCCUUACCAUACUCGUGAUUAUGUUUAAAGGUAAUACUGUAUUGAAUACAGAUGUUAUACUGGUGGUGUUGGA